UUUUACAACGUAGUAUGAAAAUGGAACCAGUAAUUCUUAUGGAUUCUCAGCCUCUGAAAGAACUGCAGCCAGACUGCAUGAUGUCCCCGCCUCGGGCUGGGAAGUCCAGCUCUCUGGCAGGCACGCCGAGCAAAGUGACGCCUGGCAAGCGCAAGCUCAUAAAUGCUGAGGAUGUCUCGCCGUCGAAAGUGAACAAAUCUGUCACCAAGCACGAGCUGUUUACAAGCCCGCGCAAGAGCAUGCGGGACCCUGAGCCUCUGCUCGAUGAGAACCCUGAUCGCUUCUGCAUGUUCCCAAUCAAGUAUCCUAAGAUCUGGGAAAUGUACAAGAAGGCGGAGGCGAGUUUCUGGACUGCUGAGGAAGUUGACCUGGGUGAUGACAUGAAGCAUUGGGAGAAGCUGUCCGACGGCGAGCGACACUUCAUCUCGCAUGUGCUUGCAUUCUUUGCUGCCAGUGACGGCAUCGUGCUUGAGAACCUGGCAAUUCGCUUCAUGAAGGAGGUCCAGCUGCCUGAGGCGCGUGCGUUCUACGGUUUCCAGGUGGCUAUCGAGAAUAUCCACUCCGAGAUGUACUCGCUUCUACUGGAAACCUACAUCAAGGACCCAAUUGAGAAGCACAAGCUCUUCCAUUCCAUCGAGACGGUGCCUUGCAUCAAGAAAAAGGCCCAGUGGGCGAUCAAGUGGAUCGGCAGCGAGAGCUCCUUCCCGGAGCGGCUGGUAGCCUUCGCGGCUGUGGAGGGUAUCUUUUUCAGCGGCUCGUUUUGCAGCAUUUUCUGGCUCAAGAAACGCGGCCUGAUGCCCGGCCUAACCUUCUCAAACGAACUCAUCUCCCGAGACGAGGGGCUGCACUGCGACUUCGCCUGCCUGCUCUAUGGGAUGCUGAGCAAGCAGCUUGAGGAGAGCCGUAUCAAGGAGAUCAUCUGCGAGGCGGUGGACAUCGAGAAUGAGUUUUGCACGGAUGCGCUUCCAGUGGACUUGAUUGGCAUGAACUCCCGCCUCAUGGCGCAAUACAUCGAGUUUGUUGCCGACCGUUUGCUGGUGGCACUGGGCUGCUCCAAGGCUUACAACGUUACCAACCCCUUCGACUUCAUGGACAUGAUCUCGUUACAGGGCAAGACCAACUUCUUUGAGAAGCGCGUGGGCGACUACCAGAAGAGCGGCGUCAUGGCUGGACUGCAGGGCAAGGUCCAGAACUUCUCGAUGGAUGAAGACUUUUGAAAAGCGCGCUGGCCGCUGGUUCUGAAGGUGGCAUGUGGGCUUCCGUUGGGUGACAAGGAUUCCGCGUGCUACUGUUUUCGAGUUGCUGAUCGGAACAUUGAAUGUCCAUUGCCAAAGAUGAAGGGGAUGCUUUUUUACAGAGCUAUGUGGCCUUGACUUUCACAGCAUAGGAUGAUGGACAUUGCCGCGCGCUUAUCUCACUCUCAAGUUGGGACGGCGCCCCGGUGUAAGUAAGCCUUGACAACGUUCUUAACUUGUUUACUGCUGCAGCACGGAAGGGGCACCGGUGACCCCUGAAAUUAACCGAAUUUGUGUCCCUAGCUCUUCUUCAUGGCCUUUUGUUUGCUGAUGCGCUCCCACUGCGUGCGCUGUGGGUCCUGAUGAGGGUACUACUGCAUACUGUAUUUUAUUUUCUACUAAACUCUUGACACGUCGCUUUCGUCUUUGGCAGUGGACAUCUAAUCUUGACCCGGUCAGCAAUCGGCAGUAGCACGCGAUGUAUUUUAUUUUACUAAAUACAAGACAUUUAUUUAGGUUCUUCAACUGUACGGUGGACAUUAUUUAGCUAUGGAAGCAUCCCUAAGGACGGAUGGCUAAGCCAACUGGGGAGCCAACGUUCGCCUGGUUUCGCCUGUUCGUUGGGGAAGUCUGCAGAGCUUCGACUUGCUUUGCGUAUACGUGGCAAACAUUGCGCCCCAUCCCCAUGAUCCUGUUGCUGCUGGGGGAUCUCCAGGUGGGGAACACCUCAGGGAGAAGGAAGCAUUGCUGUUGGUUGGUGGUUGGUACAGAUGUAGUUGGUGAGAGGCGAGGUGGCAUGGUCAGGCGCCGGUCCUGUAACAUCGCGAACUAACAUGGAACAGAGUUAACGAUACGGUCUUGGCAUGUCCCGUGCACCAUUGCCUGCUGUAACCCAUUUCAGGGAACGGGGGGAUUACCCCACGGGUAAAACCUUGUAAUAAAG